AUGUUAUUUUUAGAGAAGAGUUGUGUUCUAGGAGUAUGGCCUGAGUCAGAGAGCUUCAAUGACAAGGGCAUGGGUCCGAUCCCACACCGAUGGAAGGGAAUCUGCCAACCAGGCCAGCACUUCAAUUCAUCAAAUUGUAAUCGCAAGCUCAUUGGUGCCCAUUGGUCGGUUAAAGGGCUAGAAGCCGAGCUAGGAGCACCCCUGCCCACUGUUCUUGGUGAGAUAUUGUCUACUCGUGAUUCUGUAGACCACGGCACCCACACUGCCUCCACCGCGGUGAGCUCUCCAGCAACAUCUGCUAUGCUUCGUGGGCUGGUGGUUGGGGUGGCUCGGGGUGGUGCACCGCUUGCUCGGCUUGCCGUGUACAAGAUUGCCUGGUUGGGUGGGGCCCUUAGUGCUGCUGACAUGCUGAAGGCCUUUGACUAUGCAAUCCCUGAUGGGGUAUCUCUUGCCCUCGGUUCCGAACCACCGCUUUACUCUUAUGUGGAUGAAGGUCCCGAUGGCAUAAUGAUUGGUGCAUUCCAUGCCGUGGCUCGGGGAAUCACGGUCGUAUGUUCAGCGGGAAAUACUGGCCCUCAACCUCAAACAGUAGAGGACAUUGCACCUUGGAUCUUAACAGUUGCUGCUAGCACCAUGGAUCGUACAUUCCCCACUGCCAUCACUUUGGGGAACAAUCAUACAUUCUGGGUUCAGGCCAUGAAUACUGAGAAAAAAUUGAAAGCCUUUCUUGUGUUGGUCUACUCAAAGAGCCUUGCUACAAAUGAUAGCGUUGAAAUUGAGGCCAGUUCUCCUAUGGUGAAGUUACGUCAUUCAAAGACAUUAGUGGGGAGCAUAAAAUCACCCAAAGUGACCGCCUUUUCCUCUCGAGGACCCAAUUCCUUAUCUCCAACCAUUUUAAAACCAGAUAUAGCUGCCCUUGGUGUCAACAUUUUGGCUACGACGCCAUCACCCGACUCAACAAGCGACAAGUUUAUGUUCAUGUCGGGAACCUCAAUGGCAUGCCCCCGUGUAGCCGGCGGCAUAUCACCCGACUCGACAAGCGACAAGUUUAUGUUGAUGUCGGGAACCUCAAUGGCAUGCCCCUGUGUAGCCGGCGGCAUAGUCGCUUUGCUCAAGUCUAUCGAUCCUGGUUGGUCUCCUGCUGCAAUAAAAUAUGCUCUUGGCACCACUACAACAACAAUGGACAAAAAUGAAGAGCCAAUGCUAGCAGAUGGAUUUCCCUGCAAGGUGGCCGAUCCCUUCGACUAGGGUGGUGGCCAUGUAAACCCUAACCAAGCUGCAAAUCCCGGUCUCAUUUAUGAUAUGGAUAUUUCUGACCAUAUCCUCUUCCUCUGUGCCAUGGGCUACAACAAUUCUGCCAUCCACUUGUCGCCUCGAAAACAAUCUCCUGCCCUAAGGACCCCCCAUCUAUCAAAUAUGAACCUACCCUCUAUUGUAAUUCCUGAACUUAAAACUUCAGUAGCCAUUGAAAGGAAGGUUACCAAUGUGGGUAAGGUCCACUCAAUCUACAAAGCUAUGGUUGAGUCUCCUACUGGUGUAAAAGUAGUAGUGGAACCUGCAGUGUUAUACUUCAAUGAAGCAACCAAAGUGCUUCCUUUCAAGAUGAUCUUCAUAGUGGUACACCAGAUGUAG